CAACAAUCAACAACAAUAAUAAUAAAGAUUUUACAUUCAAUAGUUUAUCUACUAUAUCUGCAACAACAACAACAACAAUACCGACAACAACAACAACAACAACAACAAAUGAUACAAUUGAACAAACAAUAGUCAUAUUGGAACCAGAUUUACGUAUACAUUAUCCGGGUUUAGCAAUAUUACUUGGAAUUAUUUGUAUAAUUGUUGUAUUUGGUAAUGGUUUAACAAUGUUAUCUAUUUGUAAAGAACGUUAUCUUCGUACGGUUACAAAUUAUUUUGUUGCAUCAUUAGCAUUUGCUGAUUGUUUAGUCGGAUCGAUUGUAAUGCCAUUUUCAGUUGUACAUGAAGUAAUGAAUAAAUGGUGGAUUUUUGGACAAGAUUGGUGUGAUUUAUGGCAUAGUUUUGAUGUACUUGCUAGUUCGGCAAGUAUAUUGAAUCUUUGUGUUAUUUCAUUAGAUCGCUAUUGGGCAAUAACCGAUCCAAUAACAUAUCCAUCACGAAUGACACCACGUAAAGCAUUUAUAUUUAUAUUAAGCUUAUGGCUUUGUUCGGCAUUAAUAUCAUUUCCAGCCAUUGUUUGGUGGCGUGCUGUUGCCAAGCAACCAAUCGAACCAUAUCGUUGUAAUUUUACUGAUGAUGUUGGUUAUCUAGUAUUUUCAUCAAUCAUUUCAUUUUAUGGUCCAUUAACAAUAAUGGUAUUUACUUAUUAUCGUAUUUAUGUUGUUGCUUGUGAACAAAAUCGUUCAUUAAAAUCUGGUGUUAAACAAAUUGAAAUGUCCUGUAUUGGUUUUGGUGGUGGUGGUGGUGGUCAUUUUAAUGAACAACAAAUUCAUUCAAUGAAUAAAAAUGCUAAAAAUAGUAGCCAAACAAGCAGUAAUAAUGAUAUUAAUAGCCAAAAUCAACAACAACAAAACCUCAAUAAUGCAGAUUAUCGUCAAAAUUUUCAACUACGUAUUCAUCGUGGUGGUGGUGCAGCAGCAGCAGCAGCGGCAGCAGCCGCAACCGCUGCCGCAGUUUCAGCAUCAGCUUCAUUGGCUGCUCAAAAAAAACAACGGAAAAAAUUUUCCGGACAAAACAAACAUUGUGAUAUUAAUCUAAUGAAAUUAAUAAUGAUUCGUGAUCAGAAACUAAAUACAAAUAACAAUAAUGAUGAUGAAUCCUAUAAUGAUGUGAAUAGAAUAUCAAAUGAUAAUAAUAAUUCAAUGAUGAGCUUGGAUAAUAACGAUAAUGAUUCAAUGAUAAUGAAAAAAACAUUACCCGAAAUUUUUUCAAAUAAAAAAAAACUAAAAAAACAUAAUAAUAUUCAUCAACAACAUGGUCAUCGUAAUUCAAAUAAUGAUGAUCCAACAACAACGGUUGCAGUAAAAUCAAAUCUAUCAGUUGGACGACGACUGACUAAAUUGGCCAAAGAAAGAAAAGCUGCCAAAACAUUAGGAAUCGUAAUGGGUGUAUUCAUCUUAUGUUGGUUACCAUUUUUCGUUACAAACAUUUUAAUGGGUAUUUGUCCAAAUAUCUGUAUUAUGAAACCGGAUCUAGUAUUUUCUAUUGUAACAUGGUUGGGAUGGCUAAAUAGUGCAAUGAAUCCAAUCAUUUAUGCAUGUUGGUCAAAAGAUUUUCGUCGUGCAUUUCGUAAAUUAUUAUGUUCAUGUUUUUUAAUGAAUUAUAAUAAUAAUAAUAAUAAUGCAACAUUAAGCUAUAAUCGUAAUCGUAUUUAUAAAGCACAUCAUCAUCAUCAUCAUAAUAAUCACAAUCAUUUUAACUAUUAUCAAUCAAAUCAAAAUACAACUGUUGAUGAUAAUAAUCGUUUAAAUAAUAAUAAUUUUCAUAUUAAUAAAUCAACAACAAGAUUAAAUAAUCGAAAGGAUUUUUUCGGUGAACAUGAUAAUGUUUUGAAUAAAAUAAUAUUAAAUAAUAACAACAGUGAUAAUGAUAAAAGAAUAAUAAAAAAAAGAAGAAAAUCUUCUUCAUCACCACAAUCAUCGAUAUCGUCUGAACCACCACCAACAGCAUCAUUGAGUGUUAAAUCAACAUUUAAAAAUAAGGAUGAUGAUGAUACAAAUAUUGUCCAAUCGAUCAAUCAACAACAACAA